AUGGAAUCUCUCCUAAAAAACCUCAAAAAACAUGUUGAAUGUUCGAUUUGCCUGGAUAAUUUUAAGGAGCCGAAAACCAUAGCGUGUCUUCACACUUUCUGCUGUGAAUGUCUGAAGAAACACGCGCUUAUAAGUCAGAGAGAUGGUCAGUUUCGCUGCCCCGAAUGCCAAACACAAAUAGCCAUUCCCGAAGGAAACAGAUUCGAUCAGUUACCGACUAGUUUCCUCCAUAACAGCUUGCUCAGUCUUCUCGCUGUUCAACAAAGUGGCGAUGGAAAUGAUAUCACUUGCGGAUUUUGCAAGAAGAAGAAGGACGAAGCAAGCUAUUGUUUCGAAUGCGAAAAAAUGUUGUGUUGCGACUGUCUAAACGCUCACGAGCUGUUUAGAGAAGCUGCAUUCGCUGGACACAAGGUGACCAAAAUCAAACAAUUUCAAGCAGAAGAUUACGAAGCGUUGUUAAAGCGAAAGGCAUUCUGCACUGAGAAGUACCACGAGAAGGAAGUAACCAGAUUUUACUGUCACGUCUGCCAAACUUGUAUUUGUCAAAUAUGCUUUAUUAUGAAUCACAAGACACAUGAAAUUGAACUGCUAGAAACUGCAGCCGAUGAAGAAAGAGCUAAAAUUUUGGCAAGAGUUGAGUCGAUGAAGCAAAAACACAAAACGUGCAGAGACAAUAUCCGUCAAUUCGAGGAGACGGCCACCAAUCUUGAAGCUAACAUCGCAACUGCUAAACGCCAAGUGUCUCAAUCAGCCGAGCAAAUGAUCGCUGUGAUUCGCGAACGCGAGCGCGAGGCAAUUACCACGCUCGAGAACACACGCGUGUCACGAAUGCAAAAACUGGAUGCUGUUAAGAAACAAGUUCAACAGCUAGAAAAACAGAUCAAACAAGCGGCAGAGUUUGCAAGUGAACUGGCUCAGAGAAGUUCGAGUGCAGACAUUAUAGGAAACAGAAAGAAUUUACAGGAACGAUUUGAAGAGCUUGAAAAAACUCAAAUGCCCACCCUGCCUGUUGGCUCGUUUGUAAAGUUCGUGUCAACUUGUAAGCUAGAUACUUUGAGUCUUGGCAUAAUAAAAUCAGCCAAGACAGUCCUAAACAAAUCAACAAUUGAAGGACUAAAACAAACUUUCCAAGCUGGGGUUGAAGCAGAGAUUUCGAUUUGCCCAGAGACAAGCGAAGGACAGAUCAGUAACAAACAACUGAAAGAUCCGCACAUUGAGGUUCAAGUGGAACCUUCUGACCAACUGGCCAGUUUGAACAUCAACGAAAAAGCAGGCGGAAAUUACCAGCUGAAAUUUGUUUCUAAACUGCCGGGUACCUACCACAUCUCAGCAAAGAUAAACGGUGACAGCCUUGCUGAAAGUCCGUUUAUUAUCGAGGUGCAGAAACGAAAGCUGGAAGUUGAUGGUGAGUUACACUUGCAAAAUGAAACUCUGAAAAAGCCAUCUGGUAUUACAGUGAGUAGUAAAGGAUUAAUCGCCAUAACAGACUAUGAGAAGAAAAGUAUUCUAAUAUUUGAUAAAGUAAACAAUAUUGUACAACAAGUGGGUGACGGAAAGGGAGAGAGUCCUGGGCAGCUGCUGCUCGGUCCAGAUGACGUGAAAUUCAUUAAUGAUGAUGAGAUCCUCGUGGUAGAUCACAAUGGUCACCGAUUACAGCAGUUUAACUUACAUUCAGAAAAGUUAUCAAACACGUUUGGUCGGUCUGGGACAGGAGAGGGAGAGUUUCAGCAUCCUGUUAGUGUUUGUAUGGAUGGAAAAGGAAACAUCAUUGUAGCUGACUAUAGCAAUAACCGAGUUCAGGUUUUGACAAGGGAUGGUGUGCCCAUGUUCAAAUUUGGAGAUAGCGGCCUUGAAAAACUGAAAAAUCCUGUAGGCUGCGUCUGUUACAAAAACAUGUUUAUUGUUGCUGAUAGUGGGAACAGCUGUUUAAAAAUAUUUAAUUCUUCAGGGAAGUUUUUGCGAAAGAUUGGAGAAAAAGGCAAUGAAGACGGACAGUUUUUAACGCCGUAUGGAGUGUGUGUAGACCAAUAUGGAAAUAUUUUGGUCAGUGACAAAGAAAGUGGUCACGUGCAACAGUUCACUAUAGAGGGUCACUUUACUGGAAAAACUGUUAAAAAGCUAACAUUUCCAUGGAGUAUUGUUACAAUGCCUGACGGUCGUAUUUUAGUUUGUGACUACACUGCCGGAAAGGUUCUUUUCUUGAAAUAA